AAUAAUAAUAAUAAUAAUGAUAAAAGCAAAAGAAAGGGAAAUUGAAAAGAAAAUAGUACUAUAAUUUUAUAUCGGUAUGUCCGAAACCUAUGGUCAGUAGUCAGUACUCAAUCAGUACUGCCCUGCCCAUUACCACUCAAACACCACCGUGAUCGGGUGCCGACGGGUAGCCGGAUUCGGGUCAAGGAUCUGGCUCGGACCUCAGUCACUCUCAAUGGCGAGCUCCGCUUUUACUCUCUCCAGUUCCUUUCUUCCCGCCCGCGACAACCUCGUGUUCCUCAAAGGCGGCCCGGUCGUCCGGCGAGCCGUCCGGCUCGAGUCAGACGCUGCUCCAAAUGGGUUAGGGCUCCGGCGACUGCCCAGGUCGGAUUUUCGCGUCGCGGCCACCUCCGACCAGCCAAGCCCUUCAGCUCAGGGGAUCGAGAACGUGGUAAUAAUAGGAUCUGGCCCUGCUGGAUAUACUGCCGCAAUAUAUGCUGCUCGAGCCAAUUUGAAGCCAGUGGUCUUUGAAGGAUAUCAAGCUGGUGGUGUUCCAGGUGGACAAUUGAUGACGACAACCGAGGUGGAGAACUUUCCGGGCUUUCCAGAUGGUAUCACGGGUCCUGAUUUAAUGGAAAGAAUGCGACGGCAAGCCGAGCGUUGGGGGGCGGAGUUAUAUCAAGAAGACGUGGAAUUUAUUGACGUGAAAAGAAGACCUUUUGCCGUGCAGAGUAGUGAAAGCAAGGUGAAAUGCCACAGCAUUAUUUAUGCCACGGGUGCCACUGCAAAGAGGCUGAAAUUGCCUAGAGAGGACGAGUUUUGGAGUAGAGGAAUAAGUGCUUGUGCCAUAUGUGAUGGAGCUUCCCCACUGUUCAAAGGCCAAGUUCUUGCUGUUGUGGGAGGAGGCGAUACGGCCACAGAGGAAGCUUUGUAUUUGACGAAAUAUGCUCGACAUGUUCACUUGCUUGUUCGUAAGGACCAAUUAAGGGCUUCGAAAGCAAUGCAAGAUAGAUUCGUUUACGCAAAAUAUGAGAGUUCAGUUGAUUAUGGCGAAUGUUUCAGAGUAUUCAACAAUCCCAACGUAACGGUGCACUUCAACACCGAGACUGUGGAUGUUGUGAGCAACACAAAGGAUCAGAUGUCGGGCGUUUUGGUCAGAAAUGUCGACACUAAAGAGGAAUCGGUUUUGGAGGUAAAAGGCCUUUUUUAUGGAAUUGGCCAUUCUCCUAACAGCCAAUUACUUGAAAGUCAAGUCGAACUUGAUGCUGCUGGUUACGUUUUGGUAGAGGAAGGGUCUGCAAAAACAUCGGUCGAGGGCGUGUUUGCUGCUGGAGAUGUGCAGGACCAUGAAUGGAGGCAAGCUGUAACUGCAGCUGGAUCGGGAUGUAUUGCAGCUCUAUCACCGGCACCUGAAGAAGUUAAGAAAGAACUUACCGACCGAGACGUACAAGAAGGGUUUGAUAUCACGCUGACCAAACACAGGGGCCAGUAUGCUCUUCGGAAGUUGUAUCACGAGAGCCCAAGACUUCUUUGUGUGCUAUAUACGGCACCAACAUGCGGUCCUUGUAGGACCUUAAAACCGAUACUUUUCAAGGUCAUAGAUGAAUUUGAUCAAAAUGUACAUUUUGUUGAGAUCGAUAUUGAGGAGGAUCCUGAGAUUGCCGAGGCUGCUGGAAUCAUGGGCACACCUUGUGUCCAGUUUUUCAAGAACAAAGAGAUGAUCAGGACUGUGUCGGGCGUCAAAAUGAAGAAGGAAUACCGAGAGUUUAUCGAAGCAAAUAAAUGAUUUUUAAGAGGCAGCACUUAAAUCUCACCUUCUCUCUGCUUUUCUGAGAUUCAGUUUUGAUACGAUAUGGCCAAUUUGUGCGUAAGAUGUAUUUUUGGUAGUCAUUACAGAUUUAGUACAUUCAGAGUAGCCACUGAGCUCCCAUUGUAUAAUAAUAAACAUACAAUUUUUCAGAAUUUCAGAUCUGGUAAACUUGGUUAUUGUUAUUCAAACCUGCAAAAUAGCAGUUAUUCUCAGAAAAUCACUGCUAAAAGUUUAGUCUAAC